AUGCCCUUCUCCAACAUCUCCUCCCUCCACCCUCCCUUCUUCAUCUUGGCCACCAUCCCCGGCUGGGAGCUGGCCCAUUUCUGGCUGUGCUGCCUGCUCUACGCCCUGGCCCUGGCUGCCAACGGCUGGGUGCUGCUGGCAGUGAGCCUGGAGCCCUCCCUGCACCUCCCCAACUACCUCUUCCUCCGCAUGUUGGCCAGCGUGGACCUGGCCCUGGCCACCACCACCCUGCCCCGGGCCCUCGCCGCCUCCUGCUGCGGCAGCAGAGAGAUCACCUUCGGGGGCUGCCUCCUGCAGCUGUUCCUCAUCCACAGCCUCUCUGCCGUGGAGUCCUCCCUGCUGCUGGCCAUGGCCCUGGACCGGCUGGUGGCCAUCUGCCAGCCGCUGCGCCACGCCGCGCUGCUGCCGCCCGCGGCCACCGCCCGCCUGGGGCUGCUGGCCCUGGCCAGGGGCACUGCCUUCUUCCUGCCCCUGCCCCUGCUGCUCCUGCCCCUGCCCUUCUGCGGCCCCAGGCUGCUGUCCCACCCCUUCUGCCUGCACCAGGACGUGAUGAACCUGGCCUGUGCCGACAUCACCCCCAGCCGGGUCUAUGGCCUGGCUGCCGUCCUGGCGGUCAUGGGCGUGGAUGCCUUCCUCAUCUGCCUCUCCUACCUCCUCAUCCUCAGGGCUGUGCUGAGGCUGGCCUCCCGGCGGGAGAGGCUGCGGGCCCUGGGCAGCUGCCUGGCACACCUGGGCACGGUGCUGGCGUUCUACGUGCCCCUGCUGGGGCUGUCUGUGCUGCACCGCUGGGGCAGGGAGCUGCCCCCCGUGCUCCACACCGCCACGGGCAGUGCCUACCUGGCAGCGCCCGCGGUACACAACCCCAUCGCCUACGGGCUGGGCAGCAGGCAGCUGCGCCGCCGCCUCCGGGCACUGCUGCCUGCCAGGGCUGCCCACUGA